AUGAUUUCGGCUUUCUUUAUAUUUAACCAGAAAGGAGAGGUUCUCAUUUCCAGGCUUUUCCGACCAGAUCUUAAACGAUCUGUAGCAGAUGUUUUCCGUAUCCAAGUAGUCUCCAAUAGUGAUGUACGCUCGCCAAUAGUAACCCUUGGAUCAACCAGCUUUUUCCAUGUUCGAACGAAUAAUGUCUACGUUUUAGCAGUUACAAAGAGCAAUGCCAACGCGGCGUUAGUCUUUGAAUUCUGCUACCGAUUCAUUAAUAUCGGAAAAGCCUAUUUUGGCAAAGUGGAUGAGGAGUCAGUUAAGAAUAACUUUGUUCUCAUUUAUGAACUCCUUGAUGAGAUUUUGGACUUCGGCUACCCGCAGAAUAGCGAGAUUGAUACCCUCAAGAUGUACAUCACCACAGAAGGAGUAAAAUCCGAGCUUGCAGUACGCGAGGAGUCGCAAAAGAUCACCAUCCAAGCUACAGGCGCGACAAGUUGGAGAAGAAGUGACGUAAAGUACAAGAAAAACGAAGCUUUCGUGGACAUUAUUGAAAGUGUCAAUCUUUUGAUGAGCGCGAAAGGUGCUGUGUUGCGUGCCGAUGUGGAUGGUCAAGUCUUGAUGCGCGCAUAUCUAUCCGGGACACCGGAGUGUAAAUUUGGACUGAACGACAAACUAGUUCUCGAACAAAGUGAGCGAGGGCUCAGUGACAACGCUGUCGAACUCGACGAUUGCCAAUUCCACCACUUUGUUCCACCAGAUGGAGAAUUUGAGCUAAUGAAGUAUCGUUCGACUACAAACAUCAACUUGCCGCUCCGAGUUCACCCAAUUGUUGUUGAACAUGGUACAUCCCGAGUUGAAUACACGGUAGCCGUAAAGGCGAGCUUCAACCCUAAGCUUAGUGCGACCAACGUUGUCCUUCGGAUCCCUACCCCUCUAAAUACGACCAGUGUUGAUACCAAGGUACCACAAGGCAAAGCCAAGUAUGUACCAGCAGAGAACGUGGUUGUUUGGAAAAUUCCCCGCCUCCAAGGUGGCAGCGAGCUGACAUUCACCGCAAUGGCCGAGCUUACUGCCACAACAACGCGACAAGCCUGGGCGAGGCCUCCAAUUGAUGUUGAUUUUCAAGUGUUGAUGUUCACAGCUUCGGGUCUAUUGGUGCGAUUCUUAAAAGUUUUGGAAAAGAACAACUAUCAGAGCGUGAAGUGGGUCCGAUACCUCACUAAAGCUAGUGGGACAUAUCAGAUUAGGUUUUAA